ACGAUGCUCCAACCUUAGCGACUCUUGACUAACUCUUCGAUGAGACGAGACGUGUUUGGGAUAGAGAAGAUUCAAAGUUGACAAAACGGUCUACAAUUCCUCUGAUUCCGAAUGAGUAAACCACCACAGCAUUUGCAUCUUUGCUGAUUAAGCACAAGAAGUGUCCGGUGUCUAAUAACACGCUCCUAUCAGAUCCUUCAGAUUACUAACCGAAUAAAGACCGCGUUAGUGAGUUAGUAGUACCCAUCACCAUACGUGCACUACUCCGCAAAACACAUCGGCAUCGAUUUUGGGGGAGAUAUCCACAUGGAUUUCCCCGACAAGAUCGGCAGUUUGAAUAGGAUAGUAGACAAGAGGAAUACCAGUUCCACAUGACCCUAUUUCUGCGAGGGGUGUCCCCGUAGCUGAUUAAUUUGCAUUUUCUGUUUCGGAAUUUCCGUACCUACUCUGCUGAAUUUGUGGCCUGUUAGCUGGAUUAGACGACAAGAUGUUUGCCGAACUUCUUGCUAGCAUAGGCUUUGCUGUAGCACUCUCAUACUUCAGUUUAAUAUUUCCGAGGUUACGACAAGAGUGGAAACUAUAUGCGCAUCGUUCAAAACUUCCGCCAGGCCCUAAGGUCAUAAAGUCUGGUCUUCGAAAGCCGUGGCUAUGGUUUCGAGAGUUGAAUAAGGAAUAUGGGGACGUGGUGUACCUUCAGAUGGGACCGACACCAACAGUCAUAUUGGGCUCCGCCCAAGCGGCAUGGGAUCUGCUUGAGAAACGAGGUGCCAAGUAUUCAUCCAGGCCGCGUUUCAUUAUGGGGGGUGAGCUCCUAUCCGGGGGGAUGCGAGGACUCAUGUCGCCAUAUGGGGCUUUUUGGAGACGUUGGCGAAAACUGCUGCAUAGCGGGUUUAUGCAACGUCAAAGCGAAACUUAUAGGCCGAUCCAGAGUUUAGAAUCUAAGGUCCUCUUGAAUGAUUUACUCAGGACCCCCGAAAGAUUCCGAAAGCACCUUGAACGUUAUGCGGCUUCGGUUAUCGUCACUGUCACAUACGGACGGAGAGUUGAAGACGUGGAUACCGAUAUUGUGGUACAACGGAACGGCGAAUCGAUGGAUCGCCUCACUCAAGUCAAUAUCCCUGGGAAGUACGCAGUCGAGCGCUAUCCGGCACUGAAAUAUGUACCCAGCAUUUUUGCACCAUGGAAAGCCCAGGUGCUUAAACAGCGGCAAAAAGACAUUCAACUGUACACUGAACUCAUGGACGAGGUAAAGGAGAGAAUGGCCAAGGGAGCUUUGCCUACCUGCUUUGCCAAGCACCUGUUAGAGGAACAGGAGAGUCUAGGAAUGCCCGAUCUCGAGGUCGCUUAUGCCGCUGGAUCCCCUUUCGGCGCAGGAGUAGAGACAUCGGCAGGUACACUUGCUAGUUUCCUAUUGGCAUGUGUUAAAUUUGGCCCGCAGUUCGUCCCCAAGGCGCAAAAGGAACUUGAUAGGGUAAUAGGAAGCGGGAGACUUCCCACUUUCGAUGACAUGCCUCAAUUACCUUAUGUCAAAGCAGUAGCUGCUGAGACGCUUCGUUGGAGACCGGUCGCUGUGCUAGGCGGCACGCCGCAUGCAAGUACAGCCGACGAUGUGUAUAAGGGGAUGUUCAUUCCUAAAGGAAGCACUAUUAUCGCACCUCUGUGGAGUAUUCACUUGAACGAAUCGGAUUUCCCAGAUCCAGACAGAUUCCAACCAGAGCGCUUCACAGGGAACCGUGAGUACCCUGGCACAUUUGGUCACAGCGCGUUUGGCUGGGGAAGAAGGAUUUGCCCUGGAAUGCAUCUCGGAACCGCGUCUGUCGAACUUAACAUCGCACGUAUACUUUGGGCUUUCGAGGUAGGGCCUGUCAAAGAUGCGAAUGGGAAGGAUAUCGACGUCGACAUAUUCGCUUUCUCGGAUGGGUUCAAUUCAAGCCCACUGCCAUUCCCUUGCUCAAUAAAACCACGAUCUCCCGAACACGCGAAGGUGAUUGAACAAGAGUUUCAAGAUGCUCUAGUGUCGUUGAAGACGUAUACCGCAAUUGCCAACAAGGUCUCUUGAAUUAGGCCCUCGAUCUCCAGGUACACUAUAAUGGACUUGAGGUUAAAUGUCAACUCGGAAAUUACAUAUCCUUAAGUCUACUUUUGUUUUGGAAUCGUGACGGUCCUAAAGAAUUCCCUUUAUUCAAUAUUAAUGGACAUUUCCUUACCUUAUGACGACCUGAGUCAA